UUCUGCAGUCCUCAGCUCGUUUUGAUCGAUACAGGACAACUCUCAAAGUGCUCCGUGAGAACGGCAGACACACAGAGAGCAGAGAGAGAGAGAAACCAGGGUUUAUUCAUUUCCCCUGUGUUCAUUUCUUUUACUUUCCCUGGGAGAUUGUUGUACUUUUCUGCCAAGUUGAAUGUCACUGUGUACUCGUUGUGUAAGAUUGUUACAGCUUCUUUGGCGUUGUUGAAGAGUUUCGGAUUUAGGAUUGUGUAAUUAUUUGAGGAAGGAGUCUCCAAACUACUCGGACAGCCGCUCAAUGUGGGCAAGGUCUGGCGACAACAAUGCUUUCGAAGAAUCGAAUGGAGGGGGCAAGAAGUUUCUCUACUCCAACCCUGUGAGCUCCAAAGCCCAGCAAGUGGAGGAUGACCAGUGGUCAUUUACCCCCAAGGCCAACAGUAAUGCUGUCACUCCCAGAGGAGGCCUGCCCCCCAUAGACCUGGACAAUGUGUGGAGUAUCAGGAACGUUGGCCUUGGCUCGGGUUCCAAAUCAGUGAGGUCCGAACCGUCCACUAUGAAGUCUCAGUCCACCGGGAAGACCACUAGUUCCAUCUACUACUCCCGGCAUGGAGGGAUGAAAGGAAGAGCAGGAAGCCCGAGAGAUACACUGACCAAUGGCAAUGCUCCAACAGGUUCUGGGACCAACUGGUCAAGUUCUGGACACAACUUUGGCCAACAGACUUCCCGGAAACAGCCUCCCACAUUUCAACUCCCUUCAGAUAGUUCGUUGCAAGACCCGAAACAAAGAUAUAAAAACCCAUCACCUUUCGCUCGAGACCUCAACGAUUUCUGAUGUAUUUUUAGAACUGAUUUUUUUUCUGGACUCUUUCUUUUUAAAUGGAUCCAAUGGGCCCUUUAUUAUCUGUAAAAAGAAAUAAAUUGUCUUGCAGUCUGUUGAAAUGAGAUGUAUGGAACUGAUAAAUGAUGCUCGAAGGGAAAAGUUUGGUAUGGAUUUAAAAAUAUAUUUUGGGGGUCAGCUGGCCUAUUUAUAGCCAAAAUGGCAUUUGCAGCUGUUGUUGAAAAGUUUUGCACUAUUCAAAAUGUUAUUUUGGCUUAAAACUUGUUUUCCUAGGACUGUCCUUAAGGUUCAUUAUAAGUGACUUAUACGCCUCAUUAUGACUGGCUACAAGACUUUAUUUUUACGCAUUGCAGUAAGUUAUUUAAUGAAGUGCCUCUGAUGUAUUCCUUUAAUAGGAUAAUGUAAGCCACCUAUUUCAUGCUUGUAAGCUCAUCAGGAGUAGUUGGAUUUUUUCAUGUUGUCUAAGGAAUCUGGUGAACCAGACCUGUUCCUUGUGGUAUGAAAUGUAUGAUGACCACUCUCUGAAACAGAUUAACUUCAGGGUUAUGCACUGCACAGAUACUAAGAUUCAUCAAUCCCUGGUUCACAGUUUCUUUAUUCAGCUCUGAUCAUGAAAAUAUUGGAUGAAAGUUUACGAGCAAUAACCUUAUCAGUUUUUUUUUUAAAUGAAACUCAUAAAAAGGGUAAGGCUUCACAUUUCCUUUCUCCUUAAAAAGCUUUGUCCCUUUUAUUUUUAUGAAAAUUUAAUCUUUUUCCUUGUUCCUCUGCUACAUCUCAAGGACAAUUCAUGGGAGACUGUUAAAAAGGUACAAAACAACCCUAUACGCAUGCAGUUGCUCUGGUUCAUGUUAAAAUUCAAAGUGCGAAGUUCUGUGGCCCUCAGGAAUCAACAUGUCAUUUUUUACCUUGCUCUUCAGUAUUUAUGCUGGGCCUGACAUUUGAUAUUUUGAUAUAGGAUUUAGUCUGACAGUGAACUCUACAUGUCCAUGGGACUUGAUUGUGUUUUGUCAUUGUUUAUCAAGACUAGGUGCUAGAUCUUGCCUGUCUUAGGAUCAGAGGCAUAAAUAAUUGGAAUUUAAGAAUGCCAGUUCGUAUAGUGACUAUGCUUUCUUAAACCUGACAUGAAACAAGAAACCUGCUUCAUGUUAGGCGAGUACCUUGCACUUGUGCACUUGAGCCCUCUACCCUCUCUAUUGAACUUUUGAUUUGGGUUGCAAAUAGAUAAUUCCUGAUCAGUUGUCCCUGGAUAUUGCCCUGAGUUAGAUGAUCAGCUGUGAACUUGCCAACUGUACCGAAUGCAUCAUGAUAUGAGAGUCCUAUCACAUGCAAUGCUGAAAAACCAGUCCUACAUGGUGUAAUUUUGUUCUUUGUUAUGUAAUCUAUUGCUGUAACGUUGGGUAUCCCUGAUUGGGCUUUGAAAAAGUUGGCAAGCCUGGACAGGAUUGGGCUCAUCUGCCAAGGUAGCUGUUAUAUGAGUCUUUCAUUAAAAGCUAAAAACGAGACUGUAAACUUCGACUUUUAACAUUUAAUUUUGCAUUUUAUAUAGUCUUCAUGUCUCUGGUUAGUGGGACACUUUUUGUCUUUCUGCUUCCUAAAAUUGACAUGGAGCUUGUGGUUCUCAAGUAAUAAGGCAAGUCUUAAGGUGCCUGUAUUUGACGGACAUCUAGUUAUAACAACUUUUUUUUUCACAUAAUUGUCAGAAUUUGGGUAUUUACAUUAGAUUUGUUGUUUUGGUCAUUCUAUUUCUGUAUUUGUAAAGAAAAAUGACAUGGAAAGAUGUUUCAUUAUAACUGUUUUGAAUACUAUUAUUUCUGGUCAAAUUUUUAGCAGUUAUCCUCCUAAUUGUCCAUUGAAUUGACAUGUCUGUCUCUUUGUUAAGAAAGAUUAUGUGAAAGGGAAUUUUGAAACCUGUUCUACAAUAUACUUUAAGUGAUUAACUGUUUUUAAAAAAACAGUAUUUGUGUGAUGUGAAGCAAAAUGGAGAAAAUGCUAAUAUAAAGGUGUACUCAUGCUUUAUAUUUUUGUAGCUUGAGUAUGUUAAGGAAAGAUGAAGGAAAUAAGGAGAUUGAUUGAAAGGAAAUGAAUGUCAGGGUACGGUGAAGGAGGAAGGGGGAGACUGUGAGAGAGAGAGAUAGAGUAAGAAAGAGAGAUGAUAGAUAAAGGUACCAAAACAGA